AUGUUAAAUGAAAACGAUAACAAUUCUCGAUUUUCACCCCCAAAAAACUGUCUGCUGGAGGAAUUCAAGAGAGACCUUGAAGUGGUAAAGAAAGAACUGGAACAUGAAAAAUUAAAAGGGCAGGAAGCCAGGAGAAGGUACAACUAUGAACUGAAGGAAACUAAAGAAGCAUCUGAAAAAGAAAAGAACAAGUUAGUGGAUGAUUUGACAUCUAGGUGGGAGCAGCAGAAAAGCCGUGAGCUCCAGCAACUGAAAGAUUCAAUGUUCAGAGAUAGGGAACAGGAAAUAAAGCAGCUGAUGAGGUGGAGAGAGCAGGAAUUAAAAGAGGUGCAGAUGUUUCUACAUAAAGAGAGAGAUUCUGCAAUAAGACAAGCCAGGGAACUACAGAAACAGUUGGUUGAUGAAUUACUGAAUAAGGGCAAUAUGGGAAAGAGUAGUAGUAGUAACAAGAAAAAUGGAUCAAAUUCUUCACUCAAUAGUGAAUGCCACUGCAAAGUUCAAGAUGUUCUGUCUAAACUUCGGUGGGACAAUGAUGGUGCUCAGGCCGCAAGAAUCCGACAUCUCAAAGUGGAGCUAGAUUUGGAAAGGAGCCUUUUCAUUAAGUAUAUUCUGGACCCUUCUGAUAGCAACGCAUCUGCCAUUUUAAAUAACACAGCAAAGCCUUUGGGCUGCCAAGAAAUUAAAUUUGGACGCCAUUCUCUUGGCAGCAGUACGGUCAGGCAGUGGUCACUGGACGAAACAUCCUCACGACCAAGAUCUCUUGAAAAUGCAGGUUUUCAGCGUAGUUCCGGUCAGAGUGCAUUGUCAAGGACUAGGUCACUGGAAAGUGCAUUUCCACGGCCUGAUUCUCCACUUAAUUCUACGGAAAAGUCAUGGAAGGAGAGCCCAGAAACUGAAAGGCAUCGAAUGCCCAUUCAUAGAGAUUUCCCUGAACAUCAUUCUUCAGAAAGUACCUUUGCCCUGUUGGAGACCAAAAAUGUUUGUACAACAUGGUCACCUUUACAGGAAAGAUCUAAUCAAUUUGCUCACAACCCUGAAGAUUCCACCCAUAUUUCUUCAUGUCUGACUGAAAGUAACAGUAGUGAAGAAUCAAUGAAUAUGUCUGAUUUCAACCAAACUCACGGUGCAUCGGCCCAAAAUCUCAAUGAGAUCUACCAAUGAAAAAACACCUGCAUUCAGCUGCGGGAGGAGGAAUUGCUGGAUGCACUGCGAGAUUUGGAACAGCGCUGCAAAGAUUUACGGGAGGAAAAUAUAAUUCUGAGAAAAAGCAGUGUUCCUGAAACAGAGGAAAAGGUUAAAAGACUAAAGAGAAAAAAUGCAGAGCUUGCAGUUAUAGCAAAGCGUCUGGAAGAAAGAGCUCAGAAGCUCCAAGAGGCCAAUCUUAAAAUGGUAAAUACUCCAAUACACUUAAAAGGCGCCAGUUUGGAGCUAUGCAAGAAGGCAUUUGCACGUCAACGAGCAAAGGAUAUGCGUGAGCAGUCGAGCGCCCUACUGGAAAAAGACAAACAAAUUGAAAAUUUGAAACAAGAAUGUCUGGAACUACAGGCCAAACUAUCUGCUGGAAAGGAUUUUCCAAGUUUGUUGAAGUUCAAUGACUUUAAUCGCCUGCUGCAUGAAUCUCAAAAGGAAGUUCUACGGUUGCAGAAGCAGAUCGCAAUGAAAUAUAUGAAGGAAUCCCUUCAUUUGUCAAGGACCGAGUCUCACAGUUCUCCAACUGAAGCCAUGUGUCUGAACAGAUUAAUCCGUCCUGAACAGGCCACACAGGACCCAGAUAAUUCAAUCAUGGCAACUUCAGGAGAUUCCUUCCAGGAAGUUGAACUAAGAAGAAAGCGGAAAGAAUGUGAAAUCUUGGAACAAGAGGUAAAGAAGAAGCAGAAGAGAUGUGAAGAAUUGGAAAUCAAACUUCAGUCAGUGCAAAGCGAGAAUGAACGCCUCGUGGAAGAAAAUUCAAGGCUCUGCAGCAGAGUAAAGUGGGCAGCCAAGGUUGAAGCUGAAAAUGCUGACUUGAAGAGACAUUUAUCUGAGGUGACUGAACAACGAGAUUCUGCCCUUAAGGAGAAUCAUCGACUGCACAGCAAACUGGAGAACUUAGAGCAAGUGCUGAGGCACAUGCGAGAUGUGGCCGAGAGAAGGCAACAGCUGGAAAAAGAUCAUGAAGAUGCUGCGCUAGCACUACAGAAGAGACAGGAAGAAGUAAAACGUCUUCAACAGGCUCAGGUUGAAGCCAAGAAAGAACAUGAAGGAGCAGUCCAUCUUUUAGAGGCUAAAGUGAAAGUUUUAGAAGACAAAUGUCGUAGUCAGACAGAGCAGUUCAGUCUGUUGUCUCAGGAGUUGGAAAAAUUUCGUCUGCAAACAGGAAACAUUGACCUCCUUACUUCUACACUGGUGAAUUCAGAGCUGCCGCCACCCCAGUGUUGCUCUACUCCUAGCCUUUCUUCAGUCCAGCAUGAAAGAACAGACGAGUUCUCCUCCUGGGAUGUGAUCAGUUGGCUAGACAUUAGUCUGGAUGGCAGCAGUCCGAGCUUUAUUUAUCUCUCUAUUGAUGACGUGAAUGACUCUGUCUUCCGGACUGCGGAUGAAAAGAGUAAGACUGACCAGGAAAGAAGGUUGCCUGAGACACCAGAGCCAAGCUCCAAGGUCAGCAAUGUUGAGACCCCAAAACAUGCAGCUGCCAAAGAAAAACAGAAGCCUGAAGCACCCCACACCUCAUCAAAAUCAGAAUCCACACAUGAGAGCUCCAAAUCUUGUCCCACGCCAGAGGUGGACACCGCCAGUGAAAUGGAGGAGCUGGAACCAGAUAGCGUAUCAAUGAAUCCAGAACCUGAAACCCGUCCCACUGCCAAGCUACAAGUUUUUCUUGCACGAUACAGCUACAAUCCUUUUGAUGGGCCCAAUGAAAAUCCUGAAGCAGAGCUGCCUCUCACAGCUGGCGAAUACAUAUACAUCUAUGGAGACAUGGAUGAUGAUGGAUUUUAUGAAGGGGAGUUAAUGGAUGGAAGGCGUGGUCUUGUUCCUUCUAAUUUUGUGGAGCGCGUCUCUGAUGAUGAUCUGAUAGCCUUUCACCCAAGGGAAACCAAUGAGAUGUCACACAGUUCUGCACAGGACAUUAGCUUUCUGAGUGGAAGCAGCAUUGAGAGAAGUGAGGAGGAUGACGAUCCAAGCAGUCUCAGCCCAUUGCCAUUGCAAGGGAAUAGUGAGGGAGCUGCUGAAGUCUCAGCUGUGCCUUACCCUCGAAAGCUAACCCUUAUCAAACAACUAGCUCGAAGUGUAGUCGUUGGAUGGGAACCUCCUCUUGUAGCAGCAGGGAGUGGAAAUAUUGUCAGUUAUAAUAUUUAUGUGGAUAAUGAGCUCCGGCAAAAUGUUAGAUGCGGAGGACAAACUAAAGCCUUGAUUGAGAAAUUGGAGCUGAAAACUCGGACGUAUCGUAUCUCUGUACAAAGUAUGACAGAGAACGGUUGCUCAGAUCGGAUGCGUUGCACUAUAUUGAUUGGCCAUGGUUACACUCUAGCUCCUACACAGCUUCGUGUUCGCAGCUUGUCAGCCACCUCUGCAGAGAUCACGUGGCAGCCAUGUAACAGCAACUAUUCACAUGCCUUGUAUCUAAAUGAAGAAAGCUGUGGCUUGGCCAAGGCAGGGGCAUACUGGUACACUUUUAGCAGUUUGAGGCCAAGCACCAUGUAUAAUGUUAAAGUUGAAGCAAGACCUCAACGAAUUCCUUUGGAGUUGCCUAUGGAGAGAAGGGAACCAAAAGCAACAGUUAUGCAGCUGACAACUCCUGCUGCAGGUCCUCCUGAUGCUCCACUUGAUGUUCAGGUUGAGCUUGGUCCAAAGCCUGACGUUCUACUCAUCACUUGGCUCCCGGUGACAAUUGAUGCUGCUGGAACCUCAAAUGGAGUCCGAGUAACGGGCUAUGCAGUGUAUGCUGAUGGACAAAAGGUACUGGAAGUUACUUCUCCCACAGCUGGCAGUGUGUUGGUGGGCACGUCUCACUUGCAUCUGCUGCAGGUGUCUCGGGAAAUAUCUGUUAGGACUAUGUCACCCAGUGGAGAAUCUGUGGAUUCAGUGCCAGCUCAAAUACCCUCUGCCUUUAUAAAGGUCCCUGAAAGCCCUUCCUGGUCACAGACCUUUUCUAAUUCCAGCCUUACCAGUGAGCAGCCCCUGGCCUCUCUACCAUCUAUGCCUCUUAUUUCAUCUUCCCCCUGCUCACUUCACAAUCAAGCAGCAUCCACUCUCCAGGUUGAUCUCUCCAUCCAAACAAAUUGUAGCAGAGGGGACUCCAUAGACUCUUUGCCUGCCCGGAUUGUACCACAGCUACCAAUUUCACCACUCAGUGCUUCCUCUGGUUACUGCCAAGGAUCUUCCAGUUUAGAGCCUUCUGAGGUUCAAGUGUCAUGCCAAGGUACACACGAAAAACUCUCAACCUUUUUACCAGAUUCUACCACACUCCCAUUUCCGGGGAGAACCAUCAGUAACAGUUUGGAAAUAUCUAGGAUCGCAUUGCAAUCAAAAGAGACAUCAUUACAAGAUAGUCAGUUUCCAGACACCAAAGUAUCUGAAGUUGGUGACCAAGUGCUGUGUGACUUGUCACUGGGCGUAACAUGGAAGAAAGAAAAUGGUACCGAAUUAAAUACAAGAAACACCAAAGAGGACUGCUCCAGUCCAGAGACAGGAUUAUCCGAGGAUACAGAAAACAAUACUAGCAGCCUAAGCCAUCGGGGAGUGUCCAUUGAUGACUUUCUUGAGGUAGACAAGAAAGAGGGAAAGGAGUCAAGCGGUUCUAAUAUUACCUAUAAAGAGAAGGAUGCUGGUGAAUUGCCUUUAGACACACAUUCAAGUGCUGUGCACAUAGAUCACAGUCGUAGCUCUAACCUGUCUGACAUUUUGGAAGAAGAAGAGUUUGAGGAAGAAGAUGAUGAUGCUAGUGUUGUUCCUAGUCCCCAAAAGUGGGUUCAGACAUCCAGCAGCCCAGUGGCAGAUAGCUCAGGAAAGCUGGACUGUUGUGAAACAGACAGCGAUGAGGAAAUUCUUGAGAGAAUUUUGGAUCUGCCAUUACAAAAGCAUUGCAGUAAAAAGCUGUUUAGUAUCCCAGAAGUGACAGAAGAAGAAGAUGAAGAAGAGCAUCCUUCACCAUCAACCGCUUGCAGAGCUUCACAUUGUAAUGUGGAAAUCCCAAAAUGUCAUUACGUGAAAACCUACGAAGCCUUUCCACAGAAACCAAUGGGUCGAACCUGUGCAAGCCUUUCUACAGAACGAUGCUGUAGGGACAUCCAUGGAAACGGCAGUAAAGCUGAAUGCUCUGUGGACGACUAUGUCUUUCAGGACUGUCACCAGAAAACCGAAGGUUGUGUUUCCCAGUCUCCACCUUACUCAGUAAAGUCGGUUAUUUCUGAAAGCACAAUGUGGAAUGCAAAAAAGAACAGCAGUGUGAAUGAGAAAGCCCAUUGUGUGGCAGGGUCAAACAGGAAGAAGCAGAGUGAAGGGAGAGAGCACUGCAGUCGUUUGGCUACAAGUGCUAACCAAGCUGUUCUUUCUAAUUCUAGAGGCAAUGAUGUCAGAGAGCCAGUUUUCUGUGGUAUAACCAGGGAAGCUUCCCAAGUUGGCCACAGAAGUAUAAAGGUUUCUAGAUCAUAUCAGAAGCAUCAGCCAUUUGUUCCCACAAAUGUGACAACAAAAUCUCCAAGUACUUUUAGCAAUAAACACUUGGAAAUUGAUAUUGAAUAUGAUACGGAGGAUGAAGAUGACCUGUCAGUCCCAACUUACUAUGCCACACAAACUAAAGCUGAUAUUUGGGAGGACAGCUCUCAGACGGACAGGGAAGGAUGGAGUGAAAGCUCUGACUACUCUGAGCCUAUCAAGUUUACUAGAAAAAAGGAGAUGAAAAAGCAACCUAAAGUGCAGACAGCAACAGACUGUCUAAAGCGACACGCAUCCCUACUACACAUUGAUCGAAUUCAUGGAAGUCAGCAAGGCAGUAAUAAAGAGGAUCAAGGCAACAGAACUGCAAGUAACAAAGCUGUGAGGACAGUUCGAUGGCAAGGUGCCGGAAAGGACGAGUGGAAGGAGGAACCAAAGGUGCCAUUACAUCCAGAUAGUACUGUACCGGCAGCAUCCGAAAACAAGGCAAGGUUGAAUCACCUGGCCUCAGACUCUGAACCAGAUGUUGGCGCUACAGUAGCAGAGUGUCAUCAGGAUAACCGAUUUCAACAUCAAGAGAAUACCUCACAAUGUCAAGAAGUGGAUUCUAUACGAAUGUUUGUAGCCCUUUUUGAUUAUGACCCAGAAACCAUGUCACCAAACCCUGAUGCAUAUAUGGAAGAGCUUCCAUUUAAAGAAGGACAGAUUUUACAGGUUUUUGGUGAUAAGGAUACAGAUGGAUUUUAUCAGGGGAAGCAUGGAGGGAGAACAGGAUACAUUCCCUGUAACAUGGUAUCUGAACUACACAUUGAGAGUGAAGAAGUCAGAAGAAAACUUUUGAGACAGGGCCAUCUAACAUCACCUUCAUUACUGAAUGACCUAGACUCCAGCGCUUUCUCUCCUCCUCUUCCUCCUCCUAUUGCUCCUCCUGGCCGCUCUGCCAUUCCUCCUCCAAAACCCCGGCGCUCCAAAAAAGGUCUGUCUUCCCUUGUGCUGCACAUUAUAUCCUUAAAUAAGCAUUUGAAAACUAGCAAAUCUGACUCAAGUAUCUCCAGACAAAUGGUGGCUAUGUUUGAUUAUAACCCAAGAGAAAGUUCUCCGAAUAUGGAUGUGGAGGCAGAGUUGAGCUUCACUGCUGGGAACAUGAUAACUGUGUUUGGACCAAUGGAUGAAGAUGGAUUCUUUUAUGGGGAGCUCAAUGGGCAGAGAGGAUUUGUCCCAUCCAAUUACUUAGAAGUUUCUCAGACUCAAACUGAAGAACCGCAGUCACAAGGAACAGUUCAUGCAAGAGGAGAUAAGGAGUUUAGCUGUGAUGUUGCUGUUGACUAUCCAUACUCCCCUCCGAAUGAUUCACUAACUUGUGACCAACCUAAUGAACCUAAGGAGCCUAAGGAGCCUUCUGAAAAAUCUGAUAUAUGUCAAGAGAUCUCUUCUACCAAGAAAAAAAAAAGUUUCUUCUUUAAAGGGAGAAAGCUCUUUAAAAAGUUAGGUUCCUCUGGAAAGCACUUGUAAAAAAAUAAAUAAAUAAAAAGGCCGGGCCUGUCCAAGCUGUCAUACAGCAAUAAUACACUUCUUGAUGUGGAAGGCGCUAUGAGCUGUUGUCUGUUACCAUCCAUCUGCUGGCCCAUCUGGAAUUGGUCGGCUUUGCCACUUGUAUAUAUUAUUUACUGUUAUAUGGUCUGUGAGCAGUUUCUUGUUGUCUGUGACAGCAAGAGAUCAUUAUGAAUGUACCUGACUGGUGUCUGAAAACAUAGUAAGGACAGGAAGUAGACCUUAAGCACUGAUAAACGAAGAGCUACAAUGGGGAGCCAGAAGCCUGGAUUUUUUGAGCUCUUCUCAGCUGUGUUCUUAUUUGGUUCCCGCAGUUUGUCACUUGGGGACUUAAGUGACCAUGCCUUUUAGGACAACGUGGAAUGUUUGCACUAUGUUUUCUCCCUGGCUUUGUAUGCCAUGUUGCGGGAAGUGCUGUGCAGGAAGUCCUAUUUCUGCAACACCUACUCAACGCCAAACUAGCAACCUCGGCAAGACUGGAUAGCGCUUCUCCUAAGGAAUAUAGCUUUGUUAUGUUGUGUGCAUGUUGGAAAAAAAAAUGAAUGUUCAUUUGCCUUAUUUUAUCUGGUUUGAUAUUUUAAUUGUUUACAAAUGUUCUAUCUGCUGUGAGCAGAUAUGGGAGGAAUUGGUUAUAAGCCAGAGUCAUGUGUAUGUGUGUGUAUAUAUAGCGACUCAAAGAGCAUCCUAUUUCCAUUGUCCCUGUCGCUGACAUCCUCUCCCAGCAUCAGAGCCAUUAUUCUGUGGAAUUGUGACCAGCAUUUUGUACCACACGGCCAGCAUUUUGAUGCUUUCAGUGUCCAUGUUAUUUAUUUUUGCAUGUUUGAAACAAAAAUUGUUUCGAAGGUUUGGGUUUUUACCCAUGCUAUGUUUAGAAGCAUUAAGUGACAUCCAUUGGUGUUGCAAUGUUCAUUGUUUACAAAUGCAAAGACAUUUUAUUAUAAUAAAGUUUAUUUUCACUACA